UUACAGCGAAAGAAUAACACAGAGAUUUCUGAAGCCAAGUCAAUACGAAAUUUCAAGUGAACAGCUGAAGACUGCAGUUUCUGAGUUAAAGCUACCAAGUGAGCAUACACCACGGUGGUAAGGCGUAGGAUUCAAAAUGGAUAAAAUUAAAAAGUUUUUUGAAAAGAAGAAAGCUGAUACAAAAUUUAAAUUGGCUGGAGAAGGACAUAAACUUAAUGAAACUGUUCAACAACCAAAACUAAGCAAAAAUUUGGCUCCUACUCAAGCUCGUUCUGAAGCUUCAACUAGUGCAGCACAACAACAAGCUGCAGCUGCUGCAUUAGCCAGAUUUGAAAAGAAAAAAGACCCUACUCCCCAACAGCGAUCAGCUGCAAUAAUAAGAGCCCAGGCAUUAAAGGAAUUGGAGCUAGAGAAACAGGAUACUUCAAUUCAAAAGUUAACUCUGUCUGAGAAAACCCAACAACUUCCAUCCUCAAAUGAACUUGCUGUUAGUGGAGUUUACUACAAGUGCCCACUGAUAGGACCUGAAGUACUGCCUAAAAAAGAAAUUGAAAAAUUGAUUAAGGAGUUUCUUUAUCAGCAAUUAGAAGAUGAGGAAGCAGGACUUACUGCUUGUCUAGUUAUACACACAUUAAAUAAGCCUCAAGAAAAGGUUCAGCAAUGUGUUGAAACAUUGUUUCGCUAUUUGGAUAACAUAGUACAGAACCCAGCUGAGGAAAAGUAUCAUAAAAUUCGUAUAAAUAACAAAGUGUACCAAGAACGAGUAGGUCGGCUGGAAGGAGUACAACAAUUUUUGCAAGCAGCUGGUUUCCAGUUAAAGUCUAUACAAAAUGCUCAGCAGGAGCCGGAGGACUUCUGGGUUUUAUUAAACACACAACCAGAACACAUCGAAUAUAUUAGUAAUUUACGUGAUGGCUUGAUAAGCGCGGAAGCGAUUCGGCCAGAUUUGGAUAGAGGAAUACAAAUUUUGAUGCCAUCGCAAGCUGCCCAACGGGUGGAAUUGCCUUCGGACUUUUUUUGGCUUACAACCGAAGAAAUCAAACGAGAACAACAAUUGAAAACCGAGGCGGCUGAGAAAGGCUUGAUGCUUCGUACUCGGGCUAUGAGGGAACGAGAUGAGAAGGCUGCAUCACGAAAAUACCGAUUUACCCUGAUCCGCAUAAAGUUUCCGGAUGGUCCCGUGCUCCAAGGAACGUUCAAAGUCAAUGAGACUAUGCAAGACGUUCGCUUGUUUGUUUGCGAUGCACUCGAAGAACCCUUCAUAGAGUUCAAUUUAGUAUCUCCGGCUGGUGUGGUUAACCAACCGGACAUUCAAGAUUCAACUCUACUUGAUCUUCAACUCUGUCCAUCAGCAAUUUUUCAUUUCACUCCAGCCGUUGCAUCCUCUUCUGGUUACUUGAAAGACGAGUUAAUGAUCCUUAUGCAAUCCAUGUGAUUGCUUAUUAUUAUUCACUACAUCCAUGAAAUAUUUGAACCCUUUUCCAGAUAAAAUUCUGCAUUAGUCACA